CCGGCGGGUUCGGACCAGAUAGCCGUCCGUCCUCAUUCUUCUGUCUAACAACCAUCCCAUCCAUCCCAGGCAGCAGCCGGUUUGGAUGUGAGAGCUCAGUCUCACUCUCUUCUCAUCCUAUAUCCCCAACACCAAACCACCACAUCCCUCUUCCACCGCCAUCAUGAACAUCGUCGAAUGGGCCUUCGGCAAACGCAUGACGCCCGCGGAACGUCUCCGCAAACACCAGCGCGCGCUCGACCGCACACAACGCGAACUCGACCGCGAGCGAGUCAAGCUCGAGAACCAGGAGAAGAAGCUGGUGCAGGAUAUCAAGAAGAGCGCGAAGAAUGGGCAAAUCGGAGCGUGUAAGAUCCAGGCGAAGGAUUUGGUGCGGACGAGGAGAUACGUCCAGAAAUUCUACCAGAUGCGCACGCAGUUACAGGCCAUCUCGCUGCGGAUUCAGACGGUCCGAAGCAACGAACAAAUGAUGCAAUCAAUGAAAGGCGCCACAAUGCUACUGGGAAGCAUGAACCGGCAAAUGAACCUUCCGGCGUUGCAGCGGAUAGCCAUGGAGUUCGAGCGCGAGAACGACAUUAUGGAUCAACGACAAGAAAUGAUGGAUGAUGCUAUUGAUGAUGCCACGGGGUUGGAGGGCGAGGAGGAGGAGGGCGAGGAUAUCGUCAAGGAGGUGCUGGAUGAGAUUGGUGUGGACUUGGGACAGGCGCUCGGAGAGACACCCACGGAUAUACAGAAGACAGCGGUGGGCGAAACGCGAGUCGCGCAGGCUGUCGGUGCCGGGGGUGGGGAUAACAUGGGCGAUGAUGAUCUACAGGCGAGACUGGAUAGUCUUCGGCGCUGAGGAUGUGGUGUGACUUCCGACGACAUGUCACGACUCAAUCAAUUGAACUGCCAUUACUUCAGGGUUCGAGUUCGUAUCCAUGCGACUGGGUCUAGGGAUGGACGGACUGACUGACGGACUGAUGGACUGGGAUGCAUCAAUCAAGAGAACCAUUUCAAAUUCCAAGUACAGAGCAACCAAUGUAUUUUGCGAGAGAGAGAGAGAGAGAGCAAGAUAGCCACGAAUGAUUAUGAACAAUUGAAUUAUUUGAGUAUGGGUAU